AUGUCGCUCUCAGCAGCCAGCAGCAGGGCGCUCAUGCGCUCCAUGCUCAAAAGUUGCAGGGACCGCAGAGACAACCUCGUUGACGCUAUCCUCCAGCUUUCCUACAAGCCACCUCCUGGGGAGUUAGAGGUCAACCCUACCUUGCACAACCUACCUGAACGUGACUGCGCAAACCAGCACUCUACACAGCAAAGUGCUUUUGCCAUCUUAGUAACUGAGCUGCUGAGGCUCACGGACGAUGACGAUGACGAUUACGAUGACCAAAACGGUGAAAUCAGGCCCUGCCGAGGCGGCCACGCCAGCAUCGGCAUCGGCCACGUUGCUGACGCUGCUGCAGAUGAUAACAACGGCGGCUUCUGUGGUAAGGAAGAUGAUGAUAAUGAAGCUGAGCCGGUAGGGGGCGGCAAAGCUAACGACAGCAACCCCGCUGGUGGUCCAUCGUUUGUGAUUGCCAACCUAGCUCAGUUGGUUUCGGAGGAACUGGAGGCUGCUGUCGCAUCUCGCCUUCCAGAGGUCCUGGAGCUCCUUGCGCAGGCGGUCUCGGAGCGGCUUUACCCUCUGGACUCCGGACUGGCAUGCAGCUGGGCCCUUCAGAAGGUGUGGCGAGGGGGGCCUAUGUUCCCCGCGGGUGCAGCCUUCCGCUGCACCCCCCAUCUGGUUGCUGUGCUGGGGCUCCCGCUGAUGGUGCGGACGGUGGAGGAGCAGCUCCUAAAGCUCCUGUCCUGCGCUGACCAACGACUUGGAAGCGAUGGAUCGUGGGUUGAGCUUGCGCAUGAUUCCAGAGGCAGUGCGGGGAGUGCGGGCAUGGGUGCCGUGGCGCCAGGAGAGGGGUUGUUUCCAGUGUCCGCGAUGUUGGCAGCUGUAGCGGCACUCGGGGUGGAGGGCGAGGAGGAGGUGUGGGACAUGCUGGGCCGCGUGGUGGUCAUGGCACUGAAUGGGGCCGGGGGCCCUACUGAGGACCAGUGCGGCGUCACCGGUGGUGUUGAGCGAGCCCAAAUGGUGCAGCAGCAGCAGCGGAUACUCGCCGGUUCACGCCGGGCUGUUGCAGCGCUGGCAGUAGCCGAGGGCGUCGUACUGGCGAUCUCUGCCAGCGGCUCUCAAGCGCUGGUAGCCGCUGCCACUGCUCCCCCCACAGCAGAUCCCGCUACUGCCGCCGCCUGCGGCCGACUGGAGGACUUGCUGCGGCCGCUACUCUUCCCUGAUGCCGCCAAUCCCGCCGCACAGCGCCGAUUCGACGGUGCUGUGCGUGCCGUAGAGAUGCACGUCAAGCGUGCCACGUCAUAUCAGGCGCUCUGCGCGUACGAACACGUGCUGCGCACCACCACUGCCACCGCCGCCGCCGCGGCCUCUGGAGGCCCUGCCGGCGGUAAAUCCAGCACCGCGCAGCUGCAGCACCAUCAGCACCAGGAGCAUCAGCGCCAGUUGGUUCUUGGCCUGGUGCGAAGUCGCAUGCAGCACAUUGCGCACGGCCUCGCGGGUUACGCGGGCGGGUCAGGUGGUCCCGGAGCUGCGCUUGGGGGCCUGAAAGGCCUGGCGGCCCCUGUCGGGGACCCAGCAUUUGCCAAGGAAUGUCUAAAGAACUUCGCCCUGCAGGGCAACGACCACCUGAGCAAGAUGUCCGGUCUGUACAGGACCAAAUGGAUCAAGGACGUGAAACCCGUGCUGCUGCGCCUCACGCUGGAUGAGGCCGCUGCGCGGAAGAGGUACCGCUAUCUCAAGGCGCGUCCGGUCGCAGGGGCCCCUGCCGGGGUUUACACGAGUAGAGGCGGGGAUGGAUUCUUUGGUGACACAUUGCACAUGGACCGGACAAGGGAGAGGGAUGCUUGCGAGUGCUUCCGGCUCAUCACCGCCAGCGAGCUGGAGGCCUGGGAGAAGCUGCACGAGCAGUUCGGCAUGGAGCUGGAAGAGCCGCGUGCGGCGGCAGCGCCUACACGAGGCCACGAAAGGAGCGGUGGCGGAAGCGGAGACGGCGGGGGAGAAGGCACGGAGACUGUGUUACGAAGUCCUUUCGAGGGCUUGCUUCGGCGGCUGGCCUCCGUGGGCCCCUCCCUCAACAGCGCCACGCUGGACGCUGUGAUGGGCGCACUGGCGGCGGCACUGGCUGAGGAGCUGUCGCCGCAGCCGCAGCCGUUGCUUCAUCCGCAGUCCAUAGCCGCCGCGAUUGCCGACGUCGGUAGCUCGCCGUCCAUGGAACAGCAGCAGCAGCAGCAGCAGCAGCGAGAGGAGAGGCAAAAGGAGAAGGUGGCGGCUUUGGAGGUGGCCGCCCACGUGGCUGAGCUGGUGCUGGAGGCCUUCGUCGCGGCGGAGGAGCUGGAAUUGGCGGCGGCGGCGCCGCCCGUGGAUGCAGUUGAAAUGGGCCCGGCCGCGACUGUGGCGGCUUCUCGGCCGGCGCUCCGUCGCCGCCAGUCGCACCUGGCAUGGCAGCGGCGGCUACUGGAUGUGGUGGUACACUGGCCUGAGCUGCACGUAGCGCUGGGCCGCCGGCUGCUGCAGCUGGCCACCGAUCCGGCGCUGUGUAGUAGCCUGGAUGAAGCCCAGGUACUCGGGCUCGCUGCCGUACUGGCCGCCAUGAGCUGCGUCACCGUCAACCAGGACGCCACCGCUGCGGCCGCGGCCGUGACCUCAGCAGCGGCAGCCGGAGGGCAACACCGGUGGCCGAUACCGGCGGCGCUAUACACAUGGCAGCUACCGCGCGGUUUGGUUGGCGGCAGAGCAAGGCAGAAAAUGGAGGGCCAGGGCCGGCGGCGUCAGCCGCAGGCAGUAGCGGCGGCGGCGGCGGUGUUGACAGAUGACUUGGAAACGGAGGGCGUGCAGUCCGUGGGGGGCCCGGCUCUGGCGCAGGCGGUGUUGGGCUCCCUGCCGCUGGGUCCCUCAGCGCAGCAGCUGCGCUUCACCGCCACCUUCCUGGGGUCCUACCUGCGGCAAUGCAGUCUGCUGGGAAGCUGGGUACUGUAUAACACUGAUGACAACAUCCAAACUGGCGGCGGCAAUGAUGGCGACGAUGAUGGCGGUGGUCGUAACGGACGUGUGGACAUUAGCGCUCGGUGUGGUACGGCUUCGCGGCCGCCGGCUGCGGGCUCCACUGCCUGGCCGGCUCCUUAUCCCGUUUGGGUUUCUCCGCCUGUCGAUGUGGGGGAGCGGCGCCGGAGGCAGCAGCCCCCUGCGGCGGGUUGCGUGCCAGCCGUGGCGUUGCGCUGUCUUGUGUGGAUUCAGAAAUAUGAUGAGGUCUUUGUCGAGAACGACGGUGGCGAUGGUGGAGAGGAAAGGAGCGGCACUCGGGUUGACGACGAUCGCAGUUGCUGGGCGGACGUCCGGCGUGUGUGCGGCGCCUUCAGCUCGAGUGGGCUGGGGAAGGCCAUGUUGGAGGCUUUGGCGGCGUCGUGUAGUGGCAGCGGCACCAGCAAGAGCAACAGCAGCAGUGGCAGGGGAAAGAGAAUUGGGCUGAUGCAGGGGUGUGCUGCACCGAGCGGUGGUGCGGAAGCGAUGUGGGAUGAGGUCGCCAUGCUUCGCUUGACCGUUCGUGCGCUAGAGCAGGGUCUGCAGCUACCCAGCAAAUUGAUGGAGGAGGAGGCAACGCUGCUGCUGCGGCACAUGGCGCCGAUGGCGUCGCGGCGCCGGCCUCGCACGGAGAGCGUUUGCGGGUCCCCGGCGGUUGCACUGCGAUUGGAGGACGACGAGGGAGGGCAAGAGGGCGUGGGGUACGGCUUAGUCCAAGGCAGGACUGUCCAAACCAUUCCUACUGCCCCAGCGCCCAGCGUCCAACCGGCAGGCAGUGGCCUACUUCCUGCGCUGGCCGGCGGUCUACUGGCGCUCACCGGCGUCGCAACUUUGCUUGGAGGUGUUUGGAAGGCGAAGACAGCCACGGCAUCGGGGGUCCCUGCAGCUGCCGAUACGGAGUCCAACGGCCGGGCGACUGCGGCCGAGGGUGCGGUGUCCUUGGCACAGGGAGACGCACCAGUGCAGGCGGUCCGAGACACAACAGUACCAGGUGUUGCCCAGCAUGUGCCGGCGACGCAGCAAGGAGGUCAGCGACCGGCUGAUGGGCUGGCGAUGGCUAAUGAGAGCGAAGAGGUUUCGGAGCUGCUGCGUCAACAGCGACAACUGGAGCUGGAGCAGGAGCGCGCCCGCAAGGUAACUUCGGCGCUUCAAGAGGAGCUUCAAAACCGCGAGCGAGAGCUGCUGGAGGCGCAGCGCGAGGGAUCUGCUCAAGUGGCGGGGGCUCGGGUGGAGCUGAAGGAGUCCCGGCGCAAAGCGGAGCUGCUGGAGGCGAUGGUUGGGGCGCUGAGAGAGCGAUUGCGCCGCGAGGAGGACCGAAAUGCAGCGCUGGAAGAGGAAAUUGAGUUGGGGCGGGAGGAGAUGGCCCGCUUUGCGGGGCAGCGGCAGGAGCUGCAGGAGCGCAUUGAGGCGCUGCGGUUGGAGCUGGCGGACACGCAGGCCAAGCUGUUGGUGGCCCAGGCACUUGCGGCUGACCUGGACGUCCGCGUGGCUCAGCUGAGGGCGCAAAACACGGAGCUGGAGCUGCGCGUAGGCGAGCUGGAGGCGCAGCUGCAGUCCAGGACGGCGGCAGUAGCAGUUGCAGCUGCCUCCGCGGAGGAGAAACUGCGACUGAUGCAAGCCGCCACGGAUGAGGACCGGCUCUACAUUGCAAAGCUACAGGGAAAAUUAGCUGAGCGUGAGUCCCAGCUGGCUGUCCUCCGCGAGGGAGAAUCGGAGCUUCAGGAGGUUCUGGAGCAGAGCAAGGCGGCGGCGGCACAGAUGGCAGAGCUGCUGCGACAGCGGGAUGCGGAGCUUCAGCGGCUGCAGGAGGCGCUGCUGGAGGCAGAGAAGCGCCGAUUGGACCAGGAGAAGGCACUCAACACCCAGAUCGCGGCCUUGGAGAGCGAGCGGGAGCCGGAGCUGCAACGGUUGCAGGCGGCUGUUAAGGAGGCGGAGGCGCGACGGCUGGAGGAAGCGGGCGGAAUGAAGAAGCAGCUGGAUAAUCUCCGUCGGCUUCAUGAGCACCAGGUACAGCAGCUGCGUGAUGCAAGCGAGGCAGCCGAACAGUCGGCGCAGGCGGAAAUCGCCGCCCUUAAGGAGAAGCUGUCGGGCCUGCAGUCGGAACGGGACAAGGAGGUGACGCUGCUGAACUCACAGCUGCAGGAGAGUGCUCGGCAUGCGGAGCGGUUGCAAGACAUGGCCAAGGCGCAAGCCGCUGCUCAUGAGGAAGAGGUGCAGGCGCUGCGGAAGCAGGUGGAGGACGCCAAGCUCCGCGCUGAGCAGGCUUCCGCCCGCCGUGUGUCCGAGGUUUCGGAGCUCCGUUCCGCUUUGGAGCAGCAGCUGGGUUCCGCUCGGCAGGAGGCUCUUGACGCGAGGUUUCAGCUGGCAGCGGUGAAGGAGCAGCUGGAUGGGGUGCUCAGUGACGAGUGGAUGGCGCUGCUGGAGGAUGAGUUGCGCCAGAGCAUUCUUCCAGGGACUGACAACACGCAGCCAGCACUCAAGCCCAGCGCGGUGCAGGGCUCUCCGGAGACUGUACAGUUGGAAUCUUUGGCGUUGGAGUUGUCCGAGCUGCAGUCGGGGGCGGUGGCGAGGUUGGGGGCGGCAAUGGUGGUCAGGGCGCAGCAGCUGGAGGCUGCGGCGGCGCGGUGCAGAAAGGCGCUGCAGGCCCGCGAGGUUGUGGGCGAUCAGCAGGGCAUCCAGCGGCUUACCCAGCAGCUGUCCUCGCUCACCUCGGAGCUGGCGGCGCUGUACCGUAGCGUCAUGGUGCCCGAGGCGCGUAACCGUGAGCGGGCCGUGCGCCAGGAGUUGCAGGCCCGUGAGAUGGAGCUGCGGGGAGUAGUGGAACAGCAAAUCCGGCUGCAAGACUGCCAGGAGCAAGAACAACGCGAAUCAAUGCGCCUCAAAGAGAAGGCGAUAGCAGCCGCCUCGGGGCCUACGCAGCAACAGCUGCGGAAGGUGGUGCAGUCCCGCGUGAAGGAGUUGCUCACGGAACGUGAGCGCCAGGUACAGCAGCAGGCGGCGGCGCGGGAGCAGCAGCUGCAGGCCCAGCUGCGUGCGGCGAAGGCCGGCAGCGACGUUCAGCAGCGAGAACUCAAGGCGGUGCAGGAGGCGGUGGAGAAGCAGGCCCGGCUGAUCGAGGAGUCCUGGAAGGUGCAGCUGGAGGCAAGCAGCCGGGCGCUGAAGGAGGCGGCGGCGGACAAGCAGCGCCUGGCAGCUGAGGUCAGCCGGUCUUCGGAACAGGUUCGUCAGCAGCUUGCUGAGCUGGAGACCCUCCGCCGUGAGUUGCUGGCAGCUCGCUCCGCAGUGGCGGCUCUGCGGCGUGCAGCUGAGGACUCCCGUGCUAGCGCCGCACAGCAGUCGGUGGGGGCGGCGGCGGAGGUGCAGAGACUGGCGGCGCAGGUGCAACAGCUGCAGGAUGCGUUGAAGGAGCGCGAGCGGCAGUAUGCGACAUCCAGCCAAGGCGCCGUGCCGCCGCCGCAGAAGGUCGGGGGGCACGGGACACGCAGCGUGCGCCCGGCUACGCCACUCACCAUGCCCUCCGGGGCAGCGGCGGUGGUGACGUCCUUAUCCGCCGCAGUACAGCCGCCGUCACUGCUGCCGGCCCGUCGGCCAGCGCGUCUGUUCCUGUCCUUCAAGAUGCCACCGCGGCCACCGGGGCCGCAGCGGUGCAAGGGGCUCCAGCCGCUGCCGUUGCUUUGCAGUCAGGACGAACGGCAGCCUCGGAAGGCGGUGAUAGUCGUACCUGCAGACCCGCCAACAGCCUCAAGUCCUGCCCAGGCGGCGAACCAUCCACCAGACUCCCUUUCCCCCUCCAACCCAGCCCCAGCAGUCUCCAGCGUUGUGAGGGGGGCCCAGGAUGCGGGCCCUGCCCAACAGCUGGCCAACCUUGCGACCGAAGCGGCUGCACCUGGGCACGCAAUUUCAGGGCAGCAGUCGGACGCCCCUUUGGCGGAAAAUGGCAGUGUGGGGGAGCUUGGCGGCGUUGCGGAAGGACGACAGCGACAGCUCAGCUCACCAGGAACUGGAUUGGGCAGCUCGGGCGGCGCUGCUGUUAACGAGCCGUGGUCGGGCGGGCAGCCAAACGUGUCGGUGGUGCAAGAAGGCUCCAACGUCAUCGGUGAUACGGUUGCUACGGUUGUGGCUGUUGCCGCCGCUCAAGCAACUACGCCGCCUCCGAAAUCUUCCGAGACAGGUCCGCCAUUGCGACGCUCCAUCAGCAGCAAUGUGCCGCCAAGCGCCUCUUCCUCACCUCCACUGGUUGCCUCAGGGGGUGUGUCCAUCAACCCCAUGAUUGGGCCGGCCAGCAGCGGUCGACCAUCAGGCCCUGCCACUCCAUCACCAUCACCGGUAAAGCCCCUGACCCCGCUCAAGGUGCCUACACCAGCUGACUUUGGAGACUUUCUGCGGACCAGUCCCGCCGCUCCAGCAAGCGCUAGCAGCAGCGCAGCGGGUGCAGCAGAGGCCGCGAGGAGGGCAGCUGCCGCGUCGGCUGCAGGAACCCCACCAACGCCAAAGGCGACAGGAUACGGAACGCCCCCUAUAACGGAAUGGGGCCGGCCCAAGUCCGCACCCGAGGCCGCGGAUGACGCCAACACCAGCCCGAGUGCCCGUACGGCGGCCGGUUCGGCGGGUGUCUCUGGCGCCUCCAAUAUCACCUCCAGCACCACUCCGUUCUUCUCUGAAGCUGAGCUGGGGGCCGAGAUUGCCGCCAUCGCGCAGUCGCUCGUACAGAGGACCAUUGGCGGCGGAGCUAGGUCAGCUUCGUCAGCACUGUCGUCGUUGGCCCCGCCGCCAUCGCCGGCUGCCGCGGCCAAAGCGCCAACACGGGGUUCUGCGGUGACCCGGAGGGGAGGAGGAGGACAGCCGUCGGCGCCGUCAUUGACCGGCCCGGGAGCUGCCGCGGGAGUCUCAGCUGCCGGGGGGAUAAACGCAGGCGUAGCGGGGACAUCCUCGGGCACAGCUGCCGGGGUGGCUCGUAGGGUCCAGCUGUCGGUGGCGGCGUACGGCGUGCCCCACGUGGCCAAGGCAGAUAAAGGUUCUGAGGACGCUUACUUCAUGGCGACCCCCUCGGGCGGUGUGGUCAGCUCGGCAGCCCCCGGUGGCCGUCCCAACACCACCUCCCGUUCCCCGCUGGCCGUGGCGAUCAGCGCCCUGGGUGUGGCGGACGGAGUGGGCGGUUGGGCGGAGGCCAAUGUGGACCCGGGGCAGUACAGCAGGGAGAUCAUGGACGCGGCGGCGAGGGCGGCGGAGGAGAGCGGGCCGGGGGCAGAUCCCCGCCAGCUGCUUGCCCGGGCGCAGGAUGAGGUGCGCACCAUCGGCAGCUGCACCGCCUGCGUGGCAGUGCUCUCCAACAAGGCACCCCAGGACAAGGGGCCAGCGACCUCCCCCUCCGCAUCCUCGUCGGGUGGCAGCAGCUGCAACAGCAGCGGUGGCGGUGGCGAGCAGGUUCUCAGCAUUGCCAACCUGGGCGACAGCGGUUGUCGUGUGGUGCGGCGUGGCUCUCUGGUCCUGGCCACCAGCGCCCAGGAGCACCAGUUCAACAUGCCGUACCAGAUGGCGCACCCGGACAACCUGCCGGACACGGACACGGCGGAGGAUGCGCAAAUGUACCAGUUGGCACUGGAGCCCGGCGACGUCGUCAUUUUGGCCACGGACGGUCUUUUUGACAACAUGUGGGACGAGGAGCUCGUGUCUCUGGCGGCCGCCGCCGCCGCCGCCGUCCCGCCGGGCCUGGCGGGUCCCGCCGCCUCCGCCGCCGCUCAGUCCGCUGCGCAGCAGUUGGCCACGUCCCUGGUCAUAGGAACCGGCGUUUACAUCCGUGCGCGUUUCGUGUGCUUCAAGCUGCGACUGCGCCAGGGACUCCAAUCGUCCAAGCCAUUGUGGCUUUCCGAGCCGCAGUCUGACGACGUCAGCGACGACCGUCCUCCGGCACACUUGGCAGCAGACUCCGCGGUUCAGUUCGGGGGAGCCCCCCGCCCGCCCGCUCACGCGCACCAGACGUGA